AAGCGUACCCGCCCCCGUCCCCCUCGGCCGAGGUUACUUAAAGGUCCGCGCCGGCGCCACCGCGGCGUGGGUCUUGGGUGAGGGUCUGUGGAGGUCGGUCGCCAUGGCCAACCACCUCGUGCUCUCCAACGGCGCCAAGAUGCCCAUCCUGGGGCUGGGCACCUGGAAGUCCCCUCCAGGCAAAGUGACGGAAGCUGUGAAGGUGGCGAUUGACCUGGGGUACCGCCACAUUGACUGCGCGCUCGUGUACCAGAACGAGCACGAGGUGGGCGUGGCCAUCCAGGAGAAGCUCAAGGAGAAGGCGGUGAAGCGGGAAGACCUCUUCAUCGUCAGCAAGCUGUGGAGCACGUACCAUGAGAAACACCUGGUGAAAGUGGCCUGCCAGAAGACGCUGAGCGACCUGAAGCUGGACUACCUGGACCUCUACCUUAUCCAUUGGCCAACAUGCUUCAAGCCCGGAAAUGAAUUUUUCCCGUUGGAUGCCAAAGGCACCGUGAUUCCUGGCAGCACCAACUUUCUGGAAACAUGGGAGGCCAUGGAAGAGCUGGUGGAUGAAGGGCUGGUGAAAUCUAUUGGGAUCUCCAACUUCAACCAUCUCCAAAUUGAGAAGAUGUUAAACAAACCUGGCUUAAAACACAAGCCGGUGGUUAACCAGAUCGAGUGCCACCCAUACCUGACUCAGGAGAAAUUAGUCCAGUAUUGCCAGUCCAAAGGCAUUGUGGUGACUGCUUACAGUCCCCUGGGCUCCCCCGACAGACCCUGGGCCAAGCCUGAGGACCCUUCCCUCCUAGAGGAUCCCAGGAUCAAAGCAAUAGCUGACAAGUACAAAAAAAGCACAGCCCAGGUUCUGAUCCGGUUCCCCAUACAGAGGAAUUUGGUCGUGAUCCCCAAGUCUGUGACGCCCGAACGCAUUGCUGAGAACCUGCAGGUCUUUGACUUUGAACUGAGCCCGGAGGAUAUGACCACCUUACUCAGCUACAAUAGGAACUGGCGCAUCUGUGCCUUGGUGAGCUGCACCUCCCACGAGAAUUAUCCCUUCAAGGAAGAGUUUUGAAGCUGUACGUGCCUGCUCUUCCCACGUAACCUGCUGCUGUUCAUCCUGCCUCAUUCUCCCUGUGUGUAGAGUAGUGUGGCCUGUGUCCCUCAGCGGUGGGUCAGCGACCUGCGGCGGAACCAGCGAGGGCUCGGCCAGCUUGGUGUUGGGUCUGAAGAGCAGUAUCGGUAGAUUAGAAGCCUCUUCCAGUUUUCUUUGCCCUUCUUGUCUAGCUGGGGAAAGUACAGCCUCAGUAUCGUUUUCUGACUAUGUUAAAUCUACCAAGUGAAAAAUAGUGCCACUAACAAUUGGGUUUUGGCUGCUUGGAACUGUAACCCUUUCAGUCAGACUUCUUGCCUCAAAUAAAAAGUACUUUUGUGAGCUUAAUGCUGCUCGUUGUUGAAA